CUUAUCUAUAACAGUGUUUAUUCUAACUAUCCUUGGUGCUGAGAGAUGGACUUUGACACGGGACGACGCAAUGGGAUCCUUCGUUGAAGAUCAAGGUGGUGUUUGUGUCGGUGGAAGUCAUGGAGCAUGAGCUGAACUGCAGCUCCCUCUGUGAAUCUCCACUGUGCUUCAUCCAGUCUGGAGUCAGCAGGCAGGACAGCGUGGACAUUCUGCAAAAACUAUGCAGUCUGAACUCUCUGGCAGCGGAGCUCCCGAGACGUUCGUUAUCUUCAGUGCUAAGAGCAGUCGUCUGGACGCUCCUGUCCUGUGGCGUCCUGUCGGCGUUCUGCUUUCUGAUUUUCACCCUUCGCUUCAGAAACAACAGGAUAGUGAAGAUGUCCAGUCCCAACCUGAAUGUGCUGACUCUCUUUGGAAGCGUCCUCACUUACAUCAGUGGUUAUCUUUUCGCCAUCGAUGAACAAGMUUUGGCAGAAACUGGAACAUCUAUAGAUGUGCUGCAAGCUCGGACAUGGACAUUGUGUCUUGGAAGUACCCUGGUGUUUGGACCRAUUUUGGGGAAGACGUGGAGGCUCUACAGAGUGUUCACACAGCGAGUGCCUGAUAAGAGAGUGAUCAUCCGGGACAUCCAGCUGAUCGGACUGGUGGUUCUGCUCGUCCUUGUGGACAUCCUGGUUCUCACAGCCUGGAACCUCUCAGACCCCAUCAGGUGUUCCCGAUCUGUCAGAGCUGUUGUCAAGGUGGUGGAGAGAGAUGUUUUCUCCUCUUUGUCUCAGCUACACUCUUGUUCCUCUGAACACCCAAGUAUUUGGCUCAUCAUGAUUGCCUUCCAGAAAGGUUGUCUUCUCCUUUACGGCACCUACCUGGCYGGACUGACCAGCAAUGUCAGCCAUCCUCCAGUCAACCAGUCUCCCACCAUCAUUACWUUUGUCACCCUGGUGACCUUCUUCUCUGCUGUGGCCAUCCCCGUGUCCAUCUUUCUGCAGGCCUGGCCCAACCUGGUCUACAGCACUGUGGCYGGAGCCAUCUUCAUCUGCACACUGGCCACCAACUGCAUGCUGUUUGUGCCGCAGCUGACCCAGUGGAGGCAGUUUGAGGAGGACCAGAACAACCAGAGUCAGAUGGCCAAGUACUUCAGCAGCCCCAGUAAGAGCCAGGCRUCCAUGUACAGCCAGGAUGAGAUCUACUACCUGCUGGGAGAGAACAGCUCCAUGAAAAAACUCUUGAGUGAGAAGAAUGCUGCCAUUGACAGCCUUCAGGAACAGGUAAGCAACGCCAAGGAGAAACUCCUGAGACUUAUGACAGCGAGCCAGCUCCUCGAGGACGAGGACAUGGAUUCUUCACCCACUCAGCUCAACUCCUUCUCCACCAAGACCACUGAACUUCGUUCAGAAAGCCCCUCUUCUUCCUUUUUAUUCCAGAGGGAAACCAAAUCUAGACUUUCAGAACAUCWUCUGUUGAAUAACCCACCUUUUCCCCAUGUUUCAUCAAAUGUGGUUAAACCUUCCUGUGAUUCUGCCUCUGUCCAAAACCCCUCCCUCCCUCUGUCUGUUUCACCCUCCAUCGCAGAGGAUACUCACACAAGUGAAACCCAGAGAGACGUUUCAGUUUCUGGACAUGCAGACAGAGACACAGCUCUGUCCAAAGAGGACAAGGAUCUCAAGCGUCCUCUCACUUUUCCUUGCAGGACAGCAGAGGAAACAGUUCACUUUGUCACCUCUCUCCAAAACCGUAGACGACUGAACUCCCAAGUGGGGAUGUUUCUCAAAAACAAUGACCUAACCUUGCAGGUGGGACCAAAUGCCAAACUGACUGGUUUYGUCAGCAGCGAACAGCUGCAGGAGAUCCUCCAGGAGCUGAGCUUGGAUGCAGUCUCAGAGACCACCUUUAGAUCUCCUGGUCAGGCCUUAAGGACACCCCCACAGCUAAAACCGACCCCUCUGUCACCCCGCUCCCCUCAUCCUCCCAUCCCCUGUGAAUACCCCAUCAUAUCCCCCUACGCAAUGAGAAAACGGCGGCCACCUUUUAACACCUCCAGAAGAUGUUUGCCCCCUUCUUGCUUCUACACAGUCUCAGAGGUCCCAAACUGCAGAAAGACACAUGUCAACUGGGGUCACCAAAACCCAGGGAGCCAUACUGUGAAUGAAACACUCCUUCAUGAUACCAACCAUGAGGUACAAAAGGAAAAUGAGGAAAAAGUGGAAGCCAAAGACAAACAGGAAGAAACUGGAACAUGUCAAAGAUGCAUUUCGAGGUCUGAAAAAUGCUCAGUGUGGCAUUGCGCCGGGCCUGAGACGAAGGUGGGUGGUAAAGGCGAGCGKCGCAGUCACCACAUACGAGACUCAAGUGGUUACUGGGACUCAGACUCAAGCAGCUCCACAGAUUAUUGCUACUAUCAUCGUCCUUACUGUGACUCUUGCCUGCAGCGAGGCUCACUGCUGUGCUCAGACAGCUCCUCGGACUCCUCCGACAGUGAAUAUGAUGACUGCACCAACCUCUACCACUCCUCAUCCCGCCCCGUGGUGUUCAAAGAUGACAUCAAACCCACUUUAGUGUGAUGAAAUGUUUACUGGAUGUUAUAACUUUGUACUGUACUACACAUUUUUACAACUUGAAUUCACAUUUGACAGGCAAACACAAAGAUUCUGUUUUUAUACUGAGAGAUAGUUUGAACCUCGUAUUUUAAUGGGGAAGUGUUUUUAUUUUUUAUUGUUUUUUGAAGAGUAGAGUGAUUUUCUUGAAACUUUCAACAACGGACUGAACUGUAUUUUAUUUAUUUGUUUUUGCAAUUUUUAAACUUGCAAUAUUUAUAGCUCAAAUGCAGAAUUUUUUUACAUUAGUCAGCUUUAAUAAUUUUAUCAAAAUGAGUAGAGAUGACAAASACAGCUGUAAAAAGAGACCGUGGCAAAAUGUGCAUUCUAACUAAUGUGCAAAAGGUGUAUUUAUUUAAUUUUUAUUUGUGCAUGUUUUGGUAUUAAAUACUUUACUUUACGAGUG